GGAAGUAAUGCGCAUGCCGGUUGUGACGUGAACUGGUUCAUUCAUUUUGUGAGAGAGUACGUUUUACCUUGAAAAAUCAUGGUUAAAUACCGAAGAAACGGUCUUCCUUACAGAAUGGAAUUUCUUCUUAGUUGUUUUGUUUCGGUUUUCGUUUUAUUCGCAACAGUGAAUGCCUGCGGGUAUCCCGGAUCUCCAGCUCAUGCUUCCAUCAGCUUCUCGACUGAGGUCAUCGGCCCAGGUACAGUGGCAACUUAUACCUGCGACAGCGGCUUUGAAAUACUUGGACCUGCUCGCCGAGUAUGUACGGCCAACGGCACAUGGACGCCGCAGGGCAUACCAUUCUGCGUUAUAAAUGUAGCUGUUGGAAAAGCACCGAUGCAGUCAAGUCUUGCUGGUAACGGCAUUCCCCAAAAAGCAAUUGAUGGCAGCACCAGCACAUUUUUCAAUCAAGACACGUGCAGUAUGACCCAGACAGAGAGAUCCCCUUGGUGGUAUGUUAAUCUGCUGGAACCUUACAUGGUCCAGUUGGUUAGACUGGAUUUUGGAAUGGCAUGCUGUUCAAACAACCGUCCAGCGACCAUCGUUGUAAGGGUUGGAAAUAACAGGCCUGAUUUGGGAGUCAAUCCAAUUUGCAACAAAUAUACUGGUUUUAUAGAGGAAGGGCGGCCUUUAUUCCUACCUUGUACAACUGCUAUGCCUGGAGCUUUUGUAAGUGUAUAUCUCGAAGAACCAGCUCAGAAUCAACUAUCAAUUUGUGAAGCUUUCGUCUACACAGAUCAAGCUCUGCCUAUUGAACGCUGUCCAUCCUUCCGUGACCAACCUUUGGGCAGCACAGCAACGUACAACGGAAAGUGCUAUAUUUUCUUCAACAACCAACCCCGAAACUUGCUUUCAGCCAGACGGUUUUGUGAAAUACGAGGAGGCAACUUAAUUGACGAGACUAGUCCAGCUCUUCAAGGAUUCCUCAGCUGGGAAUUGUUUCGGAGACAUCGAAAUGAUCCCAAUGGCCAGUACUGGUUAGGUGCUGUCAGAGAUCCGAGAGAUCCCAAUAACUGGAAGUGGAUAAACGGACAAGAUGUUACAGUUUCUUUUUGGAGUGUUCCCGGAACUAAGGAGAAUUGUUCGAGAUUUGAUGGAUCCAAAGGAUGGCUUUGGUCUGAAACUAACUGCAACUUGAACCUGAAUUACAUCUGCCAGCACAAACCUUCUACUUGUGGUAAACCAGAGAGGCCAGCAAAUUCAACAAUUGUAGCGCGCAAUUUUGAUAUAGGAUCCGUCAUUGAAUACAAAUGCAAUCCAGGUCAUUUACUUGUUGGUCCAAAUAUACGAACAUGCUUGCCAUCUGGAUUUUUCAGCGAGUUUCCUCCUAAAUGUAGAUAUUUGGAAUGCGGUGAUCCUGCUCAAAUAGCACAUGGUAGCUAUACUCUCAUCAAUGGAACUCUUCAUUAUCUUUCUGCAGUGCAAUAUACAUGCGAUGAAGGCCAUGUUCUUGUAGGACGAGGAAAUCUUGUAUGCGAUGUAGAUGAAAAAUGGAAUGGGCCGCCUCCACGAUGUGAUCCAUUCUAUUGUAGACAACCUCCUCCUAUUCAGAAUGGUCAUUUUGUAAUGUCUUCCAAUACUACGGUUUUCGGUACCAUAACCAGAUAUUAUUGUGAUGAAGGGUUCGAAAUGAAGGGAAAGGACACAAUUAAAUGCGUUGCUAGUGGCUAUUGGAAUGGUGAACCGCCCAUAUGUAUUGUUAAAGAUGACAACGAGCUGAGCACUCAAAGUGUGGUUACCAGCGACACAUCAAAACAAAUCACUGCAGAAGACAUCUCAGUUCCAGAAAUAACAUCAUCUUACAAUGUUCGACUUGAACUGUCUCCAGUAACUCUCCGACCGACACCUUCUUCUAGCUUCAAUUCUGUAGUUACAUACAUUCCUGACAGUAAUUAUCCAUCUCCAACACAUAGCCAAAGUACAUCCUCUUUUAACACCACUUCUGCAUCUCCAAACUCUGCUCAUGUACCCUCUUCUACAGUGUACACAACUACCACAUCGUCUUGGCCUUUACAUAAUGUAACAGAGAAGGGUUUCCCAUCAUGGACGCCACCACCUCUGGAAAUAAUUCCAUCAGAAGAUUUAGAAGAUUCUUUUAAUAUUCUUGAAGAAGCUUCUAGCAAUCGCAUUUCAAGCUAUGAAAAUGCUCCCGUAAAUAAAAUACCCGACUUCCAUGCAAACCCAAAGCAUCCAGUUAGUGGAAAACCUUCAACUCCAUCUCCAACUAUUAUAAAUAUACCAACAUCUACAAAUUGGUCUUUUCCAUUUAAACCUACACAAGAAACAUCAAUAGUAACUGUGAAUGAUAAUCUAGGAAAUGAUGUAACCCCUUACAAUAACAGAAAUGACAAGGUUAAAUAUGGUCACAAGCAUGAUGGAAAAUCUCUUAACAGUGCUCAGGCAAAGCUCAAUAUGGGUGGUAUAAUUGCCUUGGGAGUUUUUGGAGGCUUCAUUUUAUUAGCAAUAACAGUAACACUAAUUCUCAUCUUUGUUCGAAGGACAAGAAGUCAACGGGCGUCGCGACGAUCUCUCGACACCACCACCAUCACUACAUACGACAGUAGUGGAAGUGGAGAAAAUGGACUGCACAAAUUCUACAAGCGAGCUUGGGAGAACCUUCGCUACGAAGACAAAGGCUCUGCUUUCAUCAGUGGUUUUGAGAGACCUCACUCACCCGUGACUCGUCAAGAAACGCUGGACCAUCCAGGAAUUCGUGGGAAUGGGAGAGGGACUAUCGAAGGUUUUCGAGAAGCCAGUGAAAUUACUGUCAAUGACGUAGCUGCUCUUUAUGCUCGUCCGGACAAAAAAGAUAAGAACAUGUAUCGUAGUGGUUCUCACGAGCAUCUGCGUGAAGACAGUCCAUCUGGUGAUAAAAAGGCCAUACGGGAGUGGUACAGUCAGCAGCUGGGGCAUCAUUCGAGGAGAGGAGCCUUCUAAUACAGAAUAAUAUUCAUCACAUUAUUUAUUUCUAUGUUUUAUUUAUAAACUGUUUAUGAGAUGCCGUUCCCAAAUGAUGGGUUCUAGUUUUACAAUGAUUAUUUGUAUUUGGUGCUGAUAAAGAUGUAUUUGUACGACUUUUUUAAUGCUUAUGAACUGAAAGGAGAUGUUUUAGAUUGAAUAUUGUAUCAUGACGAAUUUUAGUUUCUAAAAAAGAGGAACAGUCAUGCAUCAUCAAGUCUACUCAUCCGUACUUGAAUUAAUUGUAGAAUUUGGUUUUUUGAAAUUGAUUUCAUUUAAUACGUUUGAGUAAUAUAAAAUAAUGAUAACUUAUCUUAUGAAAAUGUAUUUUUCAACUAUAAAUAUAUAAUUAUUAGAACUAUCUAAUAACUUCAAUUAUAAGUAAUAAUAAAUAUGAUAUACAAUUAUAAAUGUAUUUUACAAUUACAAGCAACAAUAUUUUAAAAUUUGUAUUCAAUGAUAUGCUAGAUAAUUUGUUUAGAGAAUCUUUAUUCGACACCCAUUCGUAGACAAAAAAAAAAAUCUUCUCUAAUGAUAACUGAACACGAUAUUUAUGGAAUUACAUUUUUAUACACAAUAUGAAAAUAAUGAGGAAAAUAAUAAUUUAUGACAAAAUUAUUAAUAUCUCAUUUAUUAAAAAUUUACUGCUGUAUUUUAACUAGAAAUCUAAAGACAUAAAUUUUAUGUGCACUAAACUGGCAAAUUAAACAUGUAACUAGCCUUCUUUUUAAAUUCUUAGCGUGUUUCUAGAGUAUAUAAUUUCCAAGAUAUUCUGUAUUUUGAAAUGUACAAGAGUGUUAAAUGUUAAAAUGAUAUUCAUUUUCUUACCUAACUUAAAGAAAACAAGUAAAGAUUGUUUGAAAAUGAGUUGGGGAAAAUAAUACCUUAUUUGUUUAUAUUAUCUGGAACAAAUUUCUAUUGAUUUAUGUAUAUUAUAAUGACAAAAUUCUGAACUUUAUUUAAAAGUAUCAGUCACAUUUUGCAUGAUUGGAAUGUGUGAAUCCAGGAGAUCACUUUUUGAUUCAUUCUUCAUAUAGCUCAUUAUUUAUUUAUCAUUUCAGUUAUUUUCUUCGAAUGUGAGUUCAGAUGUAUUUAGAGGGAAAGAAUAUUUCUUAAGAGCAUAAUAUUAUAUAAUUUCAAACAUUUGAAAUUUAAAAUAUAUUAGAUAACAUAAGACUUUUAAAAAUAAAUAUUCUCAUAAUUCUUGCUCUUGAAGAAAACCAUUUUAUCCCUCAAAAGACAAUUGCCUAUUUAUUAUGAAAAUAAAGUAUAUGUUCAACAAUUCAGUGUUCAU